CGCCCCUUGACGUGAGUCUCUAGUGCCGUACGUGGGGAAUGGGGUAGUAAUCCGUGGUCAUCCUCGCCGGGUGCUAUCUGAGGACCCCAGUUCUGGGUUGAAGGUUCCGGCCGCGCGCCCCGCGCCUCGUCGCUAUGCCUCGCAAAAUUGAGGAGAUCAAGGACUUCCUGCUCACAGCCCGCCGCAAGGACGCCAAGUCCUGGCUCCUCACAGGCCCUGGGCCAGUCCUGGUCUGCAACUCUCCCGCCUGGCGACACCGUUCUCCUGCCUCCACUACUGUCUCUUCUACCCUGACCACUCUCAGUACCUCAUCCGUCAAGAUCAAGAAAAAUAAGGAUAAUGUGAAGUUUAAAGUUCGAUGCAGCAGAUACCUUUACACCUUGGUCAUCACAGACAAAGAGAAGGCCGAGAAGCUGAAGCAGUCCCUGCCCCCCGGUUUGGCCGUGAAGGAGCUGAAAUGAACCACAUACGCUGCUUUGAACUGUAUUAAAAUUUUUAAAAUUCUCAAAA